AAAAGAAAAUGUAAAAUCUAAUAUCCAUCCAGAAAGUCUAUAAUAUUGUGGUUAAAAUGGGGAAGCGUGUUUAUAACGCUAAGGCGCGCCAAGUUGUUAAAACUAGCAUAGAUAACAGCAAAACCAACGAGAUCAAACUUGAAUUUGCGAACAGCGAAUAUGGAUCCCCUGAUACGACUAAUAUCCUUGCUCUGCCCGCAAAGAAGCGACAGACAAAAAUUAUCAAUGAAAAGAAGGAGAAAACCAGAUUCCUUUCGAAACAGCAGAGGAAACGGCUUGAAAAGAUUGUUGACAAGAAAAAGAAGAAGGAAAACAGAUCAGCUCUUCUGGAAUCUCUCGCUCAAGUCCAAGCGACGCAGGAAGAGGUGAAUCAAUUGACAACUAUCUCCACCGUACAGACUCUGGGUCUCCGUAGGCUUACAGAUUUAAGUACCGCUCUGCCCGUGCAAGAAGCAGAUGCUAGUGGAAGUGAGAAGAAAUUUAGUAGCAUUGCCGGUGCAAAGAAACGUUUGCGCCUUCUAAAACUUGAUAGUGAACAGAAAAAAAAGAAAGCUAAAUAUGAUCCCAAUGUAGUUGGUGUUGAAGGAUCGUCUUCUGAAGAAUCAACUUCAGAAUCUGAAGAUGAACCAGAAAUCAUAGAAGAAAAACAGGACAUUCAAAAUGGGACUUUAAAUGAUGGUAAUAAAGAUGAAACUGUAAUAAUCAAACAUGAUGAUAAAGCAAAUAAAAUUGAUGUUGAAAAUAUCCAAGAUUCUGCAGAAAAAGGACAUAAAGUGUCAAGAAAUGAGAUAAAUCAAGAAAAAACAAAGGAACCAGUGCAAGUUAAAAAAGAAGUUAGGAAACCAGUUUUAGAACAUCCCACAAUUGUUGUACAAGUUAAAAGAGACCCUAAGAUUCAGGUGGCAAGGCUGAAACUCCCGAUCUUGGGCGAAGAGCAGAGAAUCAUGGAACUAGUCAAUGAGAAUGAAUUUUUGGUAGUCUCUGGUGAAACUGGAAGUGGUAAAACCACCCAAAUACCUCAGUUCCUGUACGAAGCGGGGUACGCUGAACACAAAAUGAUAGCAGUCACAGAGCCCAGAAGAGUGGCGACGGUGGCCAUGGCAGCCAGAGUUGGUUACGAGUUGGGUCUGAGCAGUAAGGAGGUGUCGUAUCUGAUGAGGUUUGAGGGCAACGUCACUAAGGAUACUAGGAUCAAGUUUAUGACUGAUGGUGUUCUCCUAAAAGAAAUCCAAUCAGACUUCCUCCUAAGCAAAUAUUCGGUAGUAAUAAUCGACGAAGCCCACGAACGUAGCGUGUACACGGACAUACUACUAGGCCUACUUUCGAGGAUCGUUCCCUUGAGGAGAAAAAGGGGCAGCCCUCUGAGGCUUAUCGUGAUGUCUGCCACGCUACGGGUCGAGGAUUUCACGGAGAAUACUAGGCUUUUUAAGGAACCACCGCCUGUAAUUAAGAUCGAGUCCAGGCAGUUUCCGGUGACAGUACAUUUCAAUAAAAACACAUACAGCGAUUACCUAAAGGAAGCGUUUAAGAAGACUGUCAAAAUACACACCAGACUUCCUGAAGGUGGCAUUCUGAUCUUCGUCACCGGACAACAAGAGGUAAACUACCUGGUCCGGAAGCUCCGAGCCUCGUUCCCGUACCGUAAGGACGUGGACUACACCAAGCUCAUCACCAAGAAAAAGGCUGUUAGCGAAGAAGACGCGGCGUUAGACUCUGAGCCUGAGGACAUCGAGUCUGAUGAUGAUGAGGUUGAAAAAGAAAUGAAAAGAGCCCGCAAAGCCCGUAAGAAAGCUAGGAAGAAGUCUAAAGAGCUGCCUAAGAUCAACUUGGACGAUUAUGAGAUGCCGGAAGAUGAUGGACAGGCGGACUUGGUUGGGAACGACGAAGAUAGCGACGGACAUCUGAGUGAUUCAGAUGCGGAGGAGGACACCCUAGCACCAGAAAUAAAAUCCUGCCGGCAGCCUCUAUGGGUGCUACCUCUAUAUUCUAUGCUGUCCUCGUCGAAGCAAGCGAGGGUGUUCGAACCAGCGCCCCCUGGUGCUAGAAUAUGUGUUGUUAGUACGGACGUCGCUGAAACCUCGCUCACCAUACCGGCCAUUAAAUAUAUUGUUGACAGCGGGAAGAAAAAGAUGCGUGUGUACGACCACUCAACGGGCGCCAGCGCGUGGCGCGUGGUGUGGACGUCGCAGGCCUCCGCCUCGCAGCGCGCCGGCCGCGCGGGCCGCACGGCGCCCGGGCACGCGUACCGGCUCUACAGCGCGGCCGUGUUCCAGCACGACUGCCCGGAGCAGCACCCGCCGGACCUGUGCCGCCGGCCGGUCGACGACCUCGUGCUGCAGAUGAAGUGCAUGGGCAUCGACAAGGUGGUGAAUUUCCCGUUCCCGACGGCGCCGGACCGGUUGCAGCUCCGGUUGGCUGAGAAACGGCUGGAGGUGCUGGGUAUUCUGGAGAAGGUGGACACCAAGAGGAAACAUGACGAAGAGGUGCUAAAAGUGACGCCUCUAGGUAAGGCGGUGUCAGCGUUUCCGAUACUCCCCCGCUACGGCAAAAUGCUGGCGUUGAGCCACCAACAGAAUCUCCUGCCGUACACUAUUCUGUUAGUCUCUGCCCUGACUGUGCCUGAGGUGAUGUCCGGCAAACCGGACAACUGGCCGGCCACCGGAAACCUGCAACUACUCGGUGAUCCGGGCGUGCUGCUGCGAGCAGUGGGCGCGGCGGAACACGCCCACUCCAAUGGCGAAGAGGAACUUUUCUGCGCCAAACACGGACUCAGAGAGAAGGCCAUCAAAGAAAUCCGCAAACUUCGCAAGCAGCUAACUACAGAGAUCAAUCUAAGUGUGGCUAACGUAGACGUAUCCGUAGACCCAGGCAUGGCUCCGCCAGAUGACAGACAAGCGCGUUUACUACGACAACUGUUACUUAGUGGACUGGGAGACCAAGUAGGAAGGAAGAUUGGACUAGAUGAGGUGAAGGAAGGCGAAGAUAAGCGCAAAUUCAAAUACGCGUACCACUGCGGCGACCUCGAAGAGCCGGUCCACCUGCACUCCGAGUCCAUACUUCGCCGCACCAUCCCCGAAUGGGUGGUGUACCAGGAGCUAUACGAAACUGGGGGCGAAGAUAAGCGGAAAAUGGUGAUGAAAAACGUUACGGCUAUAGAACCGGAAUGGCUCCCGAGCUAUGUGCCGCAGAUGUGUAACCUUGGCGAUCCUCUCACCGACCCGGAGCCCAGGUUCGAUGGCAAAUCCGGCCGAGUGAGGUGCCACUUCAAAGGCACCUUCGGCAGGGCUGGCUGGGACCUGCCCGUGGUCGAAAUAGACUUCCCCGACAAAAUAGAGAGAUACAGAUGGUUCGCCCGUUUCCUCCUAGAGGGCACCGUAGUACCCAAACUCAAAAAAUACGCCGGCUCUUUACUCUCCCCUCCCUCCACUAUGGUGAAGAGCUGGGCCAAGCUGCAGCCGCGUACGGAGAUAAUGCUGAAGGCGCUCAUUAUGAAGAGAGUGGGACACAGAGAGGCGUUGUUCAAUAUGUGGGAAGAGCAGAGCAAUUAUUUGCUUGACGAGUAUUUAAAAUGGCUGCCGGAAUCAGCGCACAACGAGGUGACGCUAUUUUGGCCGCCGCUAAAGCCGUGAAGAUGUGUUGUGUAAUAUAUAGAUAUAUGUUAAUAGUAGGAAUGUAAUUAAAGGAGU